AUGCGCGAGGUCAACUUUAGCAUCCCAAACUCCAACAAGGCCUCUGUCGGCAUCACCACCGCCCUCUAUGAUCGUCGAGCACUGGAUUGCACGUCGACCCUCCCGCUCAUCAACUCUUUGAACCACCUUGCCUACCUCACUACCUCCUCGGCGCGUAUCCGCGACAUCCUUACCGUCGAUGGUGGCGUCGAGAGGCUGGUCUGCAUACUGAAAGAUGGCCGGAGCAAGGACAUGAUGGACAUCUGGAAAUGGAACCUGGCCUUCCAGUGUGUCGUCAACAUCGGCGUCCGCGGUUCCGAGAACGUGCGCACUCGUGUCGUGGAAGCUGACAUGGUGCCCGUCAUCGCUACGGUCCUCGACAACUACAUCCGAGUUAUUGACAAGUGCAGAGAGAGGGCCGAGGCCGAGUACAAACGGAGCAAUCCCCGCUACGGACUAUCCGGAAGGCAUUUCUCGAGGACUGGAGAUCCUUUGAACACCGGAGUGGGUAGGUCGGAACGGUCGCGGCGCCAUGCGCCUCCUCCCAUCGAGAUUCCGCAGUCCUACAACCAGGCACAACUGGAAGCAAGGCCUGCAGAUGCCGGUUCGAACUCGGCUUUCUCGAUAAACUCGCCCCCUGAAAGGACGGCUUUCUCUCGACCACAUCACCAUCACCAUUCUCGUGGCGAGAGCCGGGCGCAUGCCCUUGCACCAAGGACCGGACCGAGCCGCCAGCACCUCACUCAGUCACACUCAAAUGCCGUGUCUACGAUGGAACCUCAGGAUUUCGGUAUCCGUCCGGUCAGGGACGUUGAUAGACUUCCCUCGAUGCUUCCAAACUUGCAACGAGAUAUCACUUCCCAGCCUGAGUCUCCUACCACUCCCAAUGCUCUUUUGCAGGCCCAAGCAGUUAAUGCUCGGUCCCAAUCCACCACUGGGAGAACUCGUAGGCGGCCAUCCAUCCGGCACCAAAUUUCAACUUCUGGCGAAUCGGACGAUGGUCAGGCUGAAGAAAUCGUCUCCGAUGAUCACGCGACAGCAGGGCCCGCGGGCGAGCCAAUUGUCGGCAUCCAGAACGAAAUCAACAUGCAGGAUAUUGUUGAUAACGAGGAGAUGCUUGAUGCCGGGGCGACUCCUGUUGGCUUGGCCGCCCCCGCUUCGGAGGGAACCGAUGCGGAAACAUUUAACAUCACCCACAGAUCGGCUAUUGAUGGUAGUAUCCUCAACCCGGCAGCGACACAAGCGGCAGGUCCCUUGGGUUUCUCGCCUGCACAGCCAGCCAUCAACGUCGCCAACGCUACGCCACCCACUGGUAUGCAAGUUAAUUUGUAUCCCCGGUACCCCCAGGACCGGAACACUGCCAAUGUGCUAGCUGCUAUGCCUCGGGACGAGGACGUAUUGAUGUCUUUGCAAUUGUUGGCAUAUGUAUCCAAGUAUUGCAAUUUGCGGUCCUAUUUCCAGAAGUCGCACCUUGUACCAAAACUCAGGAUUAGCAACGCCGACCUUGCGUUGCUCGACGGCGAGCCCAGUCAAACGUCGCUGCCUGAAGAAGAGGAGUGCCAGGAGGAAUAUCUUCUACCGGACGACUUCAACAUCUUUCCCCUUGUUGAGAAAUUCACUGUCCGUCAUCAUUCCCAGGACAUGCAAUAUUGGGCGGGCGUCGUUAUGAGGAACCUUUGCCGCAAAGACGAUUCGCGCGGUGGCAUCAGACAAUGCGCAUACUAUCAGUGCGGCCGCUGGGAGGAGUACACUCGCCAGUUUGCCAAGUGCCGCCGUUGCCGUCGGACUAAGUACUGCAGCAAGGAAUGCCAGAAGAGCGCCUGGGUUUACCACCGCCACUGGUGUGUUGCUGCGACUCAGUAA